AUUGAUAUAAAUACUGAGGCUUCACAAUUGAUCACCAAAGUGUCCCCAGCAAGUCAAACAACAUGCGUGUCCUUGUGUUCCUGGCUCUGUGCUUUGCGGCGGUCGCAGCCGUCCCGUCUAACUCCCAGAGGAUCGUCGGUGGAUCAGUCACUACUAUUGACCGGUACCCCACCAUUGCUGCUCUGCUGUUUAACCGCUGGGGUAGCACCUUCUCUCAAUCUUGCGGUGGUAUCAUCAUCAACAACCGAUCCAUCCUCACUGCUGCUCACUGCACCGUUGGUGAUGCCGCGAAUAGGUGGCGUAUCCGUGUGGGAUCCACUUGGGCCAGCAGCGGUGGUGUCGUUCACAACGUCGCCCAGAACAUCGUUCACCCUCAAUUUAAUCAAGGAGUUCGUAUGAACAACGACGUCGCCAUCCUCCGCUCCGCCUCCACCUUCUCCUUCAACAAUAAUGUCCGCGCUGCUUCUAUCGCUGGUGCCAAUUAUUUCCCCGGUGAUAACCAAGCUGUCUGGGCUGCUGGAUGGGGCGACACUUUCUCUGGCUCAAACGCUGGCUCCGAGCAGCUCCGUCACGUCCAGGUUGUAGUUAUCAACCAGAACACUUGCAGAAACCUGUACGCCAAUACUGUCUUCACAAUCAACGACAACAUGUUGUGCUCCGGUUUGCCCAAUGGUGGUCGCGACCAGUGCCAGGGUGACUCUGGUGGUCCUCUCUACCACAACAACAUCGUAGUUGGUGUUUGCUCUUUUGGUAUUGGCUGUGCUGACGCUAGGUACCCUGGUGUCAACGCUCGUGUAUCCCGCUACACUUCUUGGAUUUCCUCCAAUGCAUAAGUGUUUUUGGUAAACGUACGACCAGUAUAAUAUUUAUUUUGACGUUUCUGCUUGUUACUAAUAUUAUUUUACACUGGCAUUACACUUCCAUUACAGUUUACUAUUAUUAUUACUAUUUUAUGUUGCCGGACUCUAGUGUAAAUCACAUGGAUCACUUUUAUACAUUCAGAUGAUUACGAAAUAAACCCUUCUGAGAACCGAAA